AUCACAUCACAUCACAUCACAGCGGUCGAUCGAACAGUUGAAGACAACCCCACCACUACAUACUCCAACCAUCUCCCUCAACUGAUACCAUUUCAUCAUCACUCCUCCCCCAAGGAACUCAGCAGAUUUUUCUAUCAGAAAACCAGAGGAUGUCGAACUUUAUCACGAAUUACCAUUGGAGAACUAAAGACCUCUCCAGAUGGGCUAAAGAUUGGUUCGAUGAAAAGCUCUUAAGCAUUGGAGAACAAGACGGAUUGAAGGUCGAAAGUGUUUCCACGUUUGAGGGAGACUGUGAACUAGGAAUGCGAAAAGCCAAAUUAAUAACCAUUUACGAUUUGAGGAUGACUGUCCGUUGGUCGGGACAUGGCACCGGCGGCACCCUGACGAUCCCAGAAAUCUCUCACGAUAUGACCGAGUCGGACUAUGUGUUCGAUGGCGCCUUAGAUUCCGGGGGUAAGCCGGAGAUCGAAAGUCGGGCCAAGAAAAGUCUCGGGCCAGCGAUGUGCAAGAUCUUCCAAGCGUUUCCCAAGGCCAUCAUUGACGAACAUGGUGCAGGAUUCUACAAAGAGAAUGGGCUUUCUCCAGCCGGGACUCCGGGUGGCUCCGGGACAACAACCCCACAACCUUCGGCCGCGAACCUCCAGACCAAAUCGGCCCCCACAGCCGCCCCGGUACCGGCAGAUGAUCCCUCCACAAAAUCCAACAAGGGCAAUGUGGUCAAUACCUCUAGUGUUCGAAUAGAUGGACAGUUCAUGUGCAGUGCAUCUGAUCUAUUUGACUUCUUGACUGACGAGAGUAAGAUACCCAUGUGGAGUCGUAAUCCUGCCAAGAUGAAACCCGAAGUGGGUGCAGAGAUGUCUUUGUUUGGUGGGAAUGUGAUCGGUAAGGUGAUCAGCGUUGACCGUCCUAAGGAGAUGGUCACCACCUGGCGAGCUCCUACAUGGCCAGCCGGUCACUUCGGUAAAUUGAAGACCUCACUCACCGAGGGCUCCGAUUCGACCAAGCUUGAACUUCAUUUAACCGGUGUCCCAGUGGGUACGGAAGAAGAAACAGAACGAAACUUAGAUAUCUUUUAUCUUCGCUCACUAAAACAAAUUGGAUUGGGUACAAUUCUAUGAGAAUCAUCAACAGAGAAGGAAAAAAAAAUUAGAAUCUCCUGGGUCAAUCAAUCAAUUGUAGGGGAUUUAUCAUUUAAAUUCUUUCAUUCUGUUGGUUUUUUUUUUUGGUUGUUGUGAAGUGAUUUUUUUGCUUCUCUACUUGAAAAAGAUAAGCAAAAUUAAUAAAGAAAAUAAAACUUCAACUUCAACUUUCCUUCCUGUUCCAUUUCAUUCCAUUAUUUUAAGUAAAUUUCAAACCUAUGUGGUGCAUGUAGCUCAACUAUGUAAUCAUGAGUAAUGAUUACAUCUCACAACAUUCUAUGUCAUAAAUGACAUAGACAAUGAUCUCCAUGACUGUCUCAUGAUUCUUUCUUCUCACAAUUCUCCUUCUUCUCUUUCUCUUACGUAAUGUGGACUACAAAUAGUGCUGUAUUUGUCUCCACAUUAUGCUUUCUUCUCUAUGCAAUUUAGCCAUCACAUUCUUUUUCCUCCUACUUACGUACUUGUGCCUCCAUAGUACACUCAGUUUCUGUUCUUGCUGUGGGCUUCUUCAUGAUUCUGGAUGUAUGUUGUAAAUCCCCAUGAGAAUUAAAAAGUG